AGGGCAGCAAGUCUGACUCAGCAGAGACCAGGGAGCGCUCCUCACAGUCUGCAAACCACAGACCAGUCAAGCACUGCCAUCAUCAGGAGGCUGUGACCGGCUGAGCCAUGUCCACCCUGAGGUUUGGGCAGCACCUUAUCAAGGCCUCAUCCGUGUUCCUGCAGACGGAGCUGUCCUUUGCUCUGGUUAACAGGAAGCCUGUGGUGCCGGGUCAUGUGUUGGUGUGUCCGCUGAGACCUGUGGAGCGUUUUCGAGACCUCCGUCCAGAUGAGAUGACUGAUUUAUUCUGCACCACUCAGAAGGUGGCCAACAUGGUGGAGAAAGUCUUCAAUGCCUCCUCCCUCACCAUCGCCAUACAGGAUGGCCCUGAAGCCGGACAAACUGUGAAGCAUGUCCACGUCCACGUGCUGCCCAGGAAGCCAGGCGACUUUGAGAGGAACGAUAGCGUUUACGAUAAGCUGCAGAAGCAUGAUCAAGAAGAGGAGGACGUUUCUUCCAAGUGGAGGUCAGAAGAGGAGAUGGCAGCAGAAGCUUUAGAACUGAGGAAACAUCUUGAGUAAACACAAACUGGAAAGGACAAAAGGUUUAAAAAAUACAUAGAAGUAAAAUAUGUGUCAGCCAAGGAAUAGAAAAUACUUUGUUAGAGGUCUCAGUCCAUCACAUCUGAACCUUCUUCUGGAUGUAAAGUACAUUUAUUUCCAUUCUGAUUUUCUGCUGUUAAAAACAACAAAAGGCACCUUGAAUUUCUUUUUAAAAAAAAGUCAGUUUGAGGUAUUUUUCAGUUAACAUCUGCUUCACCAGCCGCAAACUCAACAGCUUUGUGAUUAUUAACCCUUAUUUUAGUGACUAAUAUGGCCGAGGGGUCAUUUAUGACCCCAUUGACUUUAUAUUGGAAUAUGCCUAUAUGAUGGAUUUUUUUAAGAUUCUUCAUAUUUAGUUCACUCCCUAAUAUAGUUUUCCAUUAUCUAGGUAUGGAAUUUCAUAUUUAUUUUGACAAAAACUAGGCAAAAACACAGUGAUUGCCUUGUCUGUUACAUCAUGAAAGUGAAAUUUCACUGAGUACAGUAUGUAUUAGAACGUGGUAGGAUAGUUACAGCAUCACAAUAUUCCAUAAAAUUGUAUAUCAGAGUGGUCUGUUACCUCAGAGAUACGCUGGCUGCAUCUCCAUCAAUGGAGCUAUUUUCAUCCUCACUCUGGGCAUCAAGAAUCAGUCUCAGUGCUUGUGCAGCAGUAAAUCUUGCUCUUCUAUGUCUGUUGGCUUCCCUGCAAAACAGUUAAAAUAUGAUUAGCGUUGGCAAAUUGCAAUAUCAUCUGAAGCUAUAAUGUUGAACAUCUCAUAGAUCUCACUGGGCUCAUCAGUGACCCCACACAAGUUUGAAUUAUAGUUGGCAUAUGGAUUGGCCGAUCCUUGCAAAAUUCUAUGAGCACAUGCAGGACAAAUAGAUUGACAAAUUCACGGUAGGAAACCUUGUUCCCAUUUGAGUUGGAUGAAUGGUGCACAAACAUAUAUGCCCGGUGUCAUAAAUGGCCCCACUUGGCCACUUGAGGGUUAAACUGUAUUUGGUUUGUUCAAUUUAUGGCUUCAGAAAAUAACGGGACUGUUUAUAAAAAUUUCAGUCACUCCCAAAUGGUUAAGGUGAUAUUUUUGUUAAACCUC